AACCCGCCUCCCCUCCCCCUCCUCCUCCUCCUCCUCCUCGCCCCAGCAUUUCCUCCGGCCCCGGGAGACGAGGCCCGCACGCUUCCUCCGACACCCGGGAAUGACUGGCUGUGGAAGUGUUCAAGCCUGUGGAGAUCAGCUAUACUGCCCUUGUUGCAGUUGCCUGGAAAGCUGGAUUGCAAGCCUGUGUCCUUGUUAAAAUCAUAAUUUGGAGCAUAGGUAUUCUGUGGAUAUCUAGCAAUGAAAGGAUCAUUGGUUAUGCUUGAGAAGUGAUCAAUGGUUUCUUAAGUAGUAUUGACUAAGUCAGUAGCCAAACAUGCGCUCCAAACGGAAGACGUGCCAUGGAGGACCAUCUCAACAAGAGCAAGACAGUCCUGCAGUUGCUAAUGAAGUGUUUGUCAUUGACGAGGAGGUUUCCCAUCUUACCAGGCUUAAAUCAGAGCCAAGUGAGAAAACUCGUGCAUGCCUUCAUGCUGGCAAGAGCCAUAUCUCUACAUUCAAGCUGUUGUCAUCAAGAGAAUCCAAUCGCUCCGGAUUUGGUAGAUUCUCUUCAGCCGAUUGCUCUUAUGCUCUUCGCAAACACCUACCAGUAAGAGGCCCGUGGUGUGUUGAUAGCAUGGAUUGCGCAGCAUACAUCUCACAAUUCUCUUUGGAUGGUUCUCUACUAAUUGGUGCGUUUCGGGGAGGCCGUAUCAGAAUCUAUAACGCUGACAAAAAAUGGAAGAUCCACAAGGAUAUAACCUGCAAAAGUCUGCGGUGGACAGUAUCAGAUAUUGCUCUCUCACCUGAUCAACAAUACCUAGCAUAUUCCAGUCUGUCCCCUACUGUUCACAUAGUAAAUGUUCAGAAUGCUCCGAAGCAGUCACAUGCUAAUAUUACAGAUGUUCAUGAGGGUUUGAAUUUUUCUGCUGCUGAUGAUGAAUCCUCCUUUGGAAUAUUUUCAAUAAAGUUUUCAAAAGAUGGGCGUGAACUUGUUGUUGGAAACAGCAAUGAGUCAAUAUGUAUUUAUGAUCUUGGAGCAAACAAAGUGACAGAGCGAAUUCAUGCUCAUGUGGCUGAUGUUAAUGCGGUCACGUUCGCUGAUGAAUCUGGUGGUGUCUUGUACUCCGGAAGUGAUGAUAGCCUCUGUAAGGUGUGGGAUAGGCGUUGCCACAACAGAGCGAAACCAGUAGGUGUUUUGGCAGGUCAUUUAGAUGGAGUUACAUUUAUUGAUAGCCAUGGAGACGGGCAUUAUUUCAUCUCCAACUGCAAGGAUCAGACUAUUAAACUAUGGGAUAUCAGAAAAUUGUCCUCGGCUACGAAGGACUGCACACCAAAAGCAUACGAAUGGGAUUACAGAUGGAUGACCUAUCCAUCAGAAGCCCGAUUUUUGAAGCAUCCAUAUGAUCAAUCGCUAGCCACAUUCAGAGGCCAUUCGGUGUUGCGCACACUUAUCCGUUGCUACUUUUCCCCAAUGCACAGCACAGGUCAGAGGUAUAUAUACACAGGAUCUAGUGACCAAUGUGUCUAUAUUUAUGAUGUGGCCACUGGAAACGUUGUUGAAACACUCAAAUGGCAUGGAUCGAUCGUCAGAGAUUGUUCCUGGCACCCGCACCUCCCGACGCUCGUUAGCUCUUCGUGGGACGGCUAUCUGGUACGGUGGGAAGCAACGGAGGAGGAGGACGACGACCCAACCACCCUCAAUAAAGGGAAGCAGAAGAUGUGUGCGGAGGGAUACACAUUCACGCUGUAGAAACAUCCCGUGGCAACGGCAUGCCGGCGGGUUGGCGCAAGUAUAUAUCAAAGCAAAGAGCCGUUGUACAGAUCCGUCACACUGUAGGAGUACAUCGAUUUUUUCAAACCUCACGGUCUUUUAAAGGGUAAUAAUAAUGAAGGAUUAGUUUAGGUCCGAAAGACUUGCACAAAUCCACAGUAGAGAAUCAAGGAGUGUUGUGCUAGACUAGAGCUUUUUGCUAUAAGAGGACACAUUUAUCUGUCCCUCCUUUGUAAUGACAACUACAGUAAGUUUUAGUCGAUGCGAGAGAAAUGGUUCUUAAGAGAAUUUCUCGUCUCCUAAUGUUGCCCGAAUUGAACUAAUGUUGGCAGAAUUCUCGUCUCCACAAAAGAGUGGAUAAAAUGUUUAUCAAUUUUGUAAGUUGUUGUGUUGGCUAA